ACUCAGGCGCAUGUUGAACAGACUUUGGGUCCUUUCAAAAACACGGGAACAACCUCGUGUACAACUUCAUGUACCUCUCCUAACAUUUUGGCUUUAUUUACUGUUUAAAAACGAAAUUCGUUAUGGACACUGAUAAUAAUCCAACAACGGGGGUAGCUGCUACUACUAUAGACAGUGAAGACACAACAGAAGCGUUCGUCAAGGUGAAAUCAAAGAAGACAUCGAAGCGAAAACGCGAGAUGGAUGGAGUCGAUAUGGAGGCUGAGGACUCCGUAGCAUGCAAGCGGCCUCAGUUUCCACCCAUUUCAGGCGACAAACUUAAGGGUGGUUCUGAUGAGAUGCGUAAGGUUGCUGUCCCGGCCCACAGGUAUACCCCUCUGAAGGAGAACUGGCUGAAGAUAUUCACACCCAUCGUCGAGAACCUACAGCUCCAAGUCAGAUUCAACCUCAAAACCAGAAAUGUGGAAAUUAAAACAUGUAAAGACACACAGGACAUUGGCUCUCUCACCAGAGCUGCAGACUUCGUACGAGCCUUCGUUCUAGGAUUCCAGGUUGAGGAUGCCCUUGCUCUCAUCAGAUUGGAUGAACUUUUCCUGGAAACCUUUGAUGUCACAGAUGUAAAACCACUGAAAGGAGACCAUUUGUCCAGAGCUAUUGGGAGGAUAGCAGGGAAAGGAGGCAAAACAAAAUUCACCAUUGAAAAUGUGACCAAGACCAGGAUUGUUCUGGCAGACUCAAAAGUACACAUAUUAGGAUCUUUCCAGAACAUUAAGAUGGCACGGACAGCGAUAUGCAACCUCAUCUUAGGAAGUCCCCCUUCUAAGGUGUACGGUAACAUCAGGGUCGUGGCCAGCAGGACAGCAGAGAGAUUCUAAAGUCACACGUGGAUUUAUAUUCUCAUCUCCUCCAAGAUUCUGAUCGAAGACCGGUUUUGCCUUUUUUUUAAACCUAAGGUAAUAUAGAUGGGUGGACCUGGUCCUAGAUCAGCACUCCUGAGAUGCUUUUUGGAUGUGGGCCCUUGCCUGACCUUCCAGGACUUUUGUUGUUGAAGCUGGACAUAUUGAUCUGGGGAGUGCCUACCUGCCUUCGACAUCUGGACUGGCCUGUCUCUUCCCACAGGGGAUAUUUGCAUGUAAAUGAUUUGCCCCUUUUCCCUAAUUUGUCUUUUGGAUUUCAGUUUGAUUUAAAUAAAAUCUGAACCUAAAAGUAUUUGAAGGCCAACAAUUAAUUGUUACACAUACAGUGAAAAUUUGAUUUAAUGUAAAUAAAAAUGCAGAAACCCUA